UUUCACUUCUUCUCACUAAAGAGCGGACAAUCGCAUCAGCUCCUAUCACAGAUACCCGCUGCAGUGAUUGAUGUCGGACUCUUCAUGAUCGCUCCAAACGUUUGAUCUCUUCCCUUCAUGCUUCAUGCUUAUUAAGUGCUAAGUUCGGCUUUUAUUUUCCAUGCAUUAAUUUCGGAAAAAUCAUCACCUUAGUUCAUGUGUUCAUGUAUUAUUAUAUUUGGAUUGUGAUACUUGGAUAUAUUUUACAAUAAGCGUCAAUGAUUGCGUACCGAACUUUGGAUGGGGAUCCAGUGAAAAAUAUAUACUUACAGAUAUGCUGGCGAAUGGCCAUGCGACAAAUCGUUCCGGGAUUCCAUUUUCAGUAAAAGAAAUUCUCAAUCUUUCCGACGAUUCAUAUUUCAAUUCCAGUUUUGACAACAUGUUGCUGGACGCCAUCCAUACAAACUGUAACAACAAUGUGAACUGGCAGCAGGAGCCUGCUUCUUGGGAACCAGAGAAAACAGUCGUCAACGAGCAAUGGUAUGCCGAAGCCAACGAUAAAGAGAUUCAACAAUUUCCAACUCAAGUUUCUUCUUCGCCAGCCUCUUCGCCAUCCCAUUCGUACCUGAGUUUCCCAAGAAAUAGCUCAGAGAUUACCGAUAGUCAAAUAAAGAAUAACAAUUCUGAAAAUUUUUCUAAGGUAAACAACAACAAUUUUCAAGAUGUGAAGUUGUGGGCGACAAAUAAAGCUUCUGGUCGCUAUGACUCGAAUGACCACAGCAACAGCAGUUCUGGAAGUCCUGCAGAAAACCAUUUCAUCCAUCAGACAUCAAGAUGCAAGGGAAAAGUGGAAGAUCCAUUGAUCCGAAUAUCUGAGAGAACCCGAUCCAGCAACAGCUCUAAAAGCAAACGUCGACCCCGUGUCCUCUUCUCCCAGGAACAAGUGGCCGAACUGGAGCGUCGCUUUCAGUUUCAACGGUAUCUCUCUGCCUCAGAAAGAGACGAUUUUGCAAACAGUUUGAAACUCACUUCCACGCAAGUGAAGAUCUGGUUUCAAAACCGACGUUACAAAAACAAGAGAUUGAGAGGAGAGAGGGAUCCAACUUAUAGACCCAAUUCAGUGAUGAUGCAGUAUCCAACUGGUGAAACAUCUCUUCAACCUUAUCCUCCUCCCUAUCCAUACAAUGCAUCCAGUAGUACAAAUCCGCUGACUACCAGCACUAUUCAUCAUUUUCCGCACAAUGCUCCUUGUGAUUCCGAUAAACUUCCUGCUAUUUUCGGCAGCAGUGAUAUUGAUCCACCCUACCGUCCAAUGGAAAGUCAGUUCCUCUCUACAAAUGUUAAUAUGGGUGAUAACGUUUAUGGUUAUAUUCCAAAUGUAAAAUGUGAAUAUGAAUGAGAGGGAGCGACUUCUGUAUUCUUGUUAAAAGGCUGGGCCUUUUUUUUUUUAUUUAAACAUGUUCUGUAUUUCUUGCAAUACUCAUUAUGAUAGAUUUUAAGGUUUGUUAUUCAUUAUAAUAAAAUGAUAUUUUUUAAUACGUUAUUAUUUUUAUUUACAAAAUAAUGAAUUUAUUUGCUGUAUCAACAUUUUAAAGAGACAAUUAUAACGUAAGGCAACAAUUUGAGAAAGUUGCUUUUGAUUUGUUAAAUGAACAUUUAAAAUGAUCUGCAUUUAUGGAAAAAACUAAUUCUUUUAGUUAACUGCAAAAAUUGGAAAUGGAAAGUCAAUUCCCACGUCAUUCAUUUUCCCACACUUAUUCAUUUACAAUUCUUUUGCUUUAAGAAAUGUUUUCGUUAAAUUGUUUCGUUUUUUGGUCUCACUUUUGAAAUCUUCUGUUUUACUAUUUUUGUACACUAUUCUUUGCUGUUUC